GUGAGUUCUAAGAGGGGAAUCAUGUCAAUUUGUUAUAAAUUCGUAGACGGCUAUUGUCCAUAUAGAGAUAGUUGCUUCUAUCAGCACCUGGAUAUCAAGAGUAUGCUGAGAGAAGACUUGGAAUCAAGUAUAAACGGAAAUGUGUGGCCCCUUUCAGCUUAUGGCCCCUUUCAGUUAAAGGGCAAUAUGCCAAACUUUCUUGAGGAUGAGUCAUUCGAGGAAGUCCGGUUGCGGUGCUAUGAGACUAAGGGACUGUAUCAAGUUCAUGAAUUUCACAGGCAGUUUAAUAGCGCUGUUCUGGCGGCCAAAAACAAGAUGAACAACAUGCUCCAAAUGGACAGAAAUACACUUUCCACUAUAAUCACAAUCUUAAAAAAACCAAUAGAAUUCCAGCCCAUUGAUCCCUUCCCGGCUUCUGAUUUAUGUCCCUUUGUACGUUUUCAACAGAAACAGACAGCUGGAAUCACAUCUAGUGGAGCCACUGGCCAAAACAACAACAAGUCGACUUACACCCUAGUUCGUUUUGUUUUUGGCGGAACCAAGGCAAAUGCUAAACCAGAAAAUAACAUUUUUGGCAAACUGCCUCUGCUGGGAAGUACGACUCCAAGCUUAAACUGUAUUAAACAGCAGCAAAAACCGCAGUCCGUUGAACAGGGAAAAUCCCUUUUUAAUCCUUGUGCAAGCCAAGGAACGCCAGCCAAGAACGACGAGAAAAUGAAGCAGGGUAAGCUGCCUCCAGCACCGGAGAAGAUCAUGGAGUAUCUGGACAAGCACGUGGUGGGCCAGGACUUCGCCAAAAAGGUGCUGGCGGUGGCAGUGUACAACCACUACAAGCGCAUCCAACUCAAUCUGCUGCAGCAAGAAGCAUCUGACCAGAAGUGUCCUCCAGGGCUCGAUCAACUACAGAUCUCUGGCAACGGCUUUAAACCAAAAAGUGCGCCAAAAAAAGAAGAUGCCAAUGCCAAGCUGGAGAAGAGCAACAUCAUCAUGAUAGGACCAACGGGAUCUGGUAAAACAUUAAUUGCCAAGACCAUUGCCAAAUUCUUGGACGUUCCCUUUGCCACUUGUGACGUGGGCGAGGACAUCGAGAUCGCCAUCCUGAAGCUGCUGCAGGAUGCCAACAAAAACGUGGAGCGCGCCCAAACGGGCAUCGUUUACCUGGACGAGGUGGACAAGAUCGGUGCCUGCUCCAAGAGCAAGUGCAUACUCAAGUUGCUGGAGGGCAGCGUGGUAAACGUGAGCGAUCGUAAACAGUUGUUUGGCGUCACGCACCAGGUGGACACUACGAACAUCCUGAUCGUGGCUUCGGGCGCCUACAAGGGUUUGAACGAGAUCAUUGUUCGUCGCCUCAACGAAAAGGGAUCCACAUCCCCGGACACGGAACAAGUCAAGCGGGAUUCGAUCCUGACUAAAGUAAGGGCACAAGACCUCGUUAAGUUUGGCAUGAGCCCCGAGUUUAUUGGCCGCUUCCCGGUUAUAGUGCCCUUCCACAGUUUGGAUGUCGGCAUGCUAGUGCGCAUCCUGACCGAACCGAGCAGCGCAUUGGUAACGCAGUACAAGACACUGCUGGAUUUGGAUAAUGUGGCCCUGACAUUUACCAAGGAGGCCAUCGAGGCGAUAGCCCAACUGGCGAUGGAGACGAACACGGGAGCUUGGGGAUUGCGCUCCAUUAUGGAGCAAUUGCUGUCGGAUCCCAUGUUCUCAGUGCCCGGCUCAGACAUUCGAGGUGUUCAUAUCACCGCCGAUUAUGUGAAGGGCAAAUCCACACCCGAAUACAGGAGAGAUACGGACGCCCCAGAUUCCAUGACCAUUCCCCCGACCUCUGUUACCAAAACCAAUAAAAACAUUAAAGAUGACGAGAAGUGAGAUACGAGGAACCAAUGUCAUUUGGUAUAACUUUCAACCAAAUGUUUUAAAACUAAGUGCCUCUGUAAAACAAGGAUUUAUUUGAGUUUAUCGAUUUACAAAAAAUAAAUGUACCGAUACGGUAAUCUUGAA